UAUUAUACAGCAUAAUUAUAUCUAAAGAGCUGUAAAAAGAACUAUCUAGUAUCAUUUUAUGAUUCUUAAUAAAUACGGACAUUAUUAAAGCAUAAAGCAAAAAUUCAAGCAUAAAUAAACAUUAAGAAACAUUCGUGUAUGAUACAUACAUAAUUUUAUAUUGCGAACUUACAAUUUGUAAUAUCGAAGAUAAAAAAUAUUAGUCAUUGCUACAAUGAAGUGUCACUAUGAGAUAUUAGGGGUACCACGAAAUGCUUCUGAUGAUGACUUAAAAAAGGCUUACAGAAAACUAGCUUUAAAGUGGCACCCAGACAAAAAUUUAAAUAAUCCAGAAGAAGCAAAGGAACAGUUUCAGCUUGUUCAACAAGCUUGGGAAGUAUUAAGUGAUCCUCAUGAACGUACCUGGUAUGACAACCAUCGUGAAGCUAUUUUAAAAGGUGGUAUUGAUGGAGAUUAUAAGGACGAUUCUAUCGAUCUCUUUCAAUAUUUCUCAACUACUUGCUUCAAGGGUUAUGGAGACGAUGAAAAAGGAUUUUAUACUAUUUAUCGUAAUCUAUUUGAAAAAUUAGCAAUUGAGGACAUAGAAUUUGCAAAAGAAAGAGAUAUAGAUGAAGAAAUUCCAGGAUUUGGAGAUUCACAAAGUUCAUAUAAAGAAAUUGUUCAUAAAUUUUAUGCUUAUUGGCAAAGUUAUAACACAAAGAGAUCAUUUGCAUGGUUAGAUCCUUAUGACAUUAGAGAUGCUCCUAAUAGAAGAGUCGCGCGUCUUAUUGAGAAAGAAAAUAAGAAAGUUCGAGACAGAGCUAAGAAAGAAAGAAAUGAACAAGUAAGAAAUUUAGUUGCAUUUAUACGUAAACGUGAUAAACGAGUACAGGCUCAUAUAGUUAAGCUUAGUGAACAUGCAAAAGAAAAUUUGAAAAAGGUAGAAGAACGAAGAAGGCAACAAUUAUUAGAAAGACAAAAACAAUUAAAAGAACAUAAAGUAUCAGAGUGGUCAGCAUCUCCAAACAUAGAGGCCGAGCUUAAAAAUAUUGAAGCUAAUCUUGAUCAAGAAUUUGGAGAAGAUUUAUCUUCCGAAGGAGACAUGGAUGAUGAAAAUGCAAUAGAUGAUAAUUCUCUGUAUUGUGUAGCUUGCAAUAAAAUAUUUAAAACACAUAAAGCGUUUAAAAAUCAUGAAAACUCUAAAAGACAUAAAGAUAAUAUUGCAAUGAUAAAACUAUCUAUGAUGAAAGAAUGUAACAAACUUGGAAAUGUUCAAGAAAGUGAUGCUAAUUCUGAAUUAAUCUCACAAUGUGAGAAAAAGCUAGCAACAGAUUCACAAAUUCCUGAUUUUUUAUUAAAUCCUGUUCAAAAUAAUAUGGAGAAUAAAGGUAGCGCUGAAAAAGAAAUUUCAGAGGCAGAAUUAAUAUCAGAUGAUGAAGAAUUUAAGGAUUUUGCAAAACCAGAAGGAAUAUUGUGCUAUCCAGAAGAAUCUAAAUUUGCUGUGGAAUCUCAGAUGGACGAUUUCCUUCGCGUAUCACCUAAAGUACUGAAAUAUAAUAAUGAAUAUACAACUUCUGAAGAUGAGCUUAUUUCCGACCAGGAAAAUAAAGAAAUUGUGCGAUCUAAGAAACAAAAAAAGAAAAAACAGAAAAAGAAUGUUCAGAAUCCAGUAGUAGAGCAAAUUAGUGACGAAGAUCUAAAUAUCAAUGAAGAUAUUUUGUUAUCAAAAAAACAACGCAAAAAACAGCAACACAAGCAGAGAAUGUUAAAUAAAGUUGUUGAGAAUAAUCAAAAAUUGUCCAAUGAUGAAAUAAGGAAAUGUGAGGAAGAGAUAAUCAAAGUAAUGGAUGAAAGAGAAUUAUUACCUAAUAAUUUAGAAACAAAUACUGCAAUUAAUGAGAAAUCUAAAAGUAAGAAGGUUAAAAGCGCAAAAAGAAAAUCUUUAGAAAAAGAAAAUGGAGGUAAAAAUAGGAAUGGAUUACAAAGCAUUGAAGUGCCAGAUUUAGCACAUUGUUGUGUGAUGUGUAAACUUGAAUUUCCUAGUAAAAAUAAAUUAUUUGAACAUUUGAAAAAGACAGGACAUUCUGUAUAUAUACCAACUUCGAUGAAAAAUAAAAGAAAUCAAGAAAAAUUGAGUAAAAGCAAGGGGAAUAAUGAUAAAAGAAAUCAUUAAUGUUCUACCGAUUAAACAAGUUAUAUGUUACUUGAUUCAAUUUAGUGUAAUUAGUUCAAGAAAUGUGAAAAAUACUCAAUUAAUAAAACAUAUAAAUGAUCAUGUA